AUGACUACUCAAAUGGCCCCUCUUUCAAAGCUUCUCCUGAUGAGUUUCAUCAGCUGUGUUGUACAGGUUUAUGUGGUGUACAUGGGCGGACUUCCCAAACAAGCAGACUUCUUGGCGACGUCGGUGCACACCAGCAUGCUACAAGAAGUAAUUGGCAGUCACGCAUCGGAGUCGUUAGUGCACAGCUAUUCGAGGAGCUUCCACGGAUUCGCUGCCAGACUCACUGAAGACGAAGUUGCAGAAAUCGCAGGAAUGGAAGGAGUAGUGUCGGUGUUCCCAAGUGAGAGGCAUCAACUACAAACGACGAGGUCAUGGGAUUUCCUGGGCUUCUCUCAGAGCCUGCAAAGACUACCGACUGAGAGUGACCUCAUUGUUGGAAUGUUUGAUUCGGGCAUUUGGCCUGAAAGUGACAGCUUUAGCGACAAAGGGUUUGGCCCUCCUCCAACCAAAUGGAAGGGCACUUGCCAAACCUCCAACUUCACUUGCAAUGAUAAAAUCAUUGGAGCCAAAUACUACCGGCAAAACACGACACAUUUACCAGGGGAUUUAGCUUCGCCUAGGGACACCGAGGGUCACGGAACUCACACUUCGUCGACAGCAGCCGGUGGCUUGGUAAGCGGAACGAGCCUAUUUGGCCUCGGCUCUGGGACAGCCCGAGGAGGAGUCCCUUCUGCCCGCAUCGCCAUGUACAAAGUGUGCUGGGCUGAUGGCUGCUACGACGCGGACAUACUUGCCGCGUUCGAUGAUGCCAUCGCCGACGGAGUGGACAUCAUCUCCAUCUCCAUCAGCCCAUUUGUCGCCCACAAUUACUUUGAGAACUCAAUCGCAAUCGGAUCUUUCCACGCGAUGAAGCAUGGCAUACUCACAUCAGCGGCGGCAGGGAACUCUGGCCCUAAACCGGCGACUACCACUAAUUUUUCUCCUUGGUUUCUCUCGGUCGCAGCUAGCACGAUAGAUCGAAAGUUCGUCAACAAAGUUCUAUUAGGAAACGGAAAGUCUUAUGAGGGAGUCUCAAUCAACACUUUCGACCUCAACAACACGAUGUAUCCCCUGAUAUAUGGAGGAGAUGUCCCAAAUAUUGCACAAGGAUUUAAUUCGACCAGAUCAAGGUGUGUGUCUGAUUCUCUGAACAGCGCUUUGGUGAAGGGUAAGAUCGUCUUGUGUGAUGCACUCACUUCCGCGGACGCCGCACUAACAGCGGGCGCCACCGGCUCAAUAAUGCGAAACUUGGGAAGCACGGAUGUGGCGUUUACCUUCCCAGUGCCUGCCUCCUUCUUGAACGCUGCGGACGGGAGUGAAGUUUCUCACUACCUGAACUCAACUAGAAACCCUACAGCAACCAUAUUUAAGAGCACAGAGACCAAAGAUGUGUUGGCUCCGGCGGUUGUUUCGUUUUCGUCGAGAGGCCCAAACCCAAUCACCAGUGACAUUCUCAAGCCUGAUCUCACGGCCCCAGGCGUGGACAUUCUAGCAGCGUGGCCCCCGGCUUCGACCAUGACCGAGUCAUCGGGCGACCCAAGGCGCGUUUCUUACAAUAUAGUUUCCGGCACAUCCAUGGCUUGCCCCCACGCCACAGGAGUGGCCGCUUACGUCAAAGCGAUACAUCCGAUGUGGUCUCCGGCAGCUAUUAAGUCAGCCCUGAUGACAACAGCUUCUCCAAUGAGUCCUCUCAGGAAUACCGACGCUGAGUUCGCAUACGGAGCUGGUCACAUUAACCCCUCGAAAGCAGCGGACCCAGGUUUAGUGUAUGAUGCCGAGGAGGCAGAUUAUGUGCAAUUCUUGUGCGGACAAGGUUACAACGCCAGCAGCCUAAGACUCGUCACCGGCGACCAAAGCAGCUGCUCCGACGUAAAAAAUGCAACCGUGUGGGGCUUGAAUUUACCUAGUUUCGCGCUGUCGACUCAGACCAAAGGCUCCAAUAUCACAGGAGUCUUCCACAGGACCGUUACUAACGUAGGCAGCCCGAAUUCCACUUACAAGGCCACCGUGACGGCUCCACGAGGGUUCAACAUUCAUGUCGAACCACAAACCCUCGCGUUCGAAUCCGUCCUACAGAAGCAGAGUUUCGUGGUGACGGUGGAGGCCAUCUUGGAAGCGGGAAUGAUUUCUGCGUCUCUGGUGUGGGAUGAUGGUGUUCAUCAAGUGAGGAGUCCGAUAGUUGCAUUCCUGGUUUCCUCCUAGAUUAAUCGCUGGGUUAAUAUAGUUUACGUGCAUUUGCACAACCUACGUUCAUUGCCAUUGAUCUUUUUAGGUGCAACUAAUGUUCAGUGGAAGAAAGUGAUGUGCCGGAUAAUAAGAGGAGCACUUGUCUUUCG